CUUCCGUCUCAGUCCCUCCGCUGCCGCUGCUGCCGGGGCCGGAGCCAGAGUCCGGCCAGGAGCGCCCCGGCCAGCUGCAGGUGUCCGAGGCAUGGAGCGGCCCCCCGGAAAGGAGCUCGCCCUGGCGCCGCUCCAGGAGUGGGGCGAAGAGAAGGUGGACGGAGCCGUGUACAAUGUCACCCUUCGUCGGCAGCGCAAUCAGCGACCUGGCCAGGGUGGGAACCGAGCGAGGGGGAGGGGCCAGGCUUCUGAUCCUGGGCGGUCUGAAGAUUUUGUGCACUAUCGCACUUGCAAAGUUCGGGCACUGCGCGCAGCUCGAAUAGAGCGUCUGGUACUGGAGCUGGUGAAAGGCGAUCAUGAACAGGACCCGGCCUUCGUGCCCGCCUUCCUGGCCACGCACCGUGCCUUCAUACCCACAGACCAUGUACUAGGUCUCCUGCUGCCUCUGAGGCAGGUCCCAAGACCCCAAGGGGAAGGACAGAAGGAACAAGGUCAAGGUCAUUUGGAUCACAGCCAGGAGCAGGAGUCCAGGGCUUUGAUAUCUGUGCUGGGCUCCUGGCUGCUGGAUCACCCCCAGGACUUCAAAGAUCCCCCUGCCCACCCCACUGGUCCGGUUUGUACCUUUCUGAGUGUGGCAGCCCCAGGGGGGGCAGAGAGCCAAGAAGCUGAGAGGCUGUUGAAGCACUUCCAAGAGGAGGAAGAGGAGGAGGUGGCCAAGAAAUUCCAAGAGGACAAAGAGGGGGUCAAGGAGGCCCCAGAAGUGGCAGAGCCUUCUCACUAUGGGCAGGGAUCUCUAGACCCAGAAAAGCCCCUGGAGAAGGAAGAACAACAUGUGAAAGAGUGCCCAGAGCUGCUGGAUUUCAGUGUGGAUGAGGUAGCUGAGCAGCUGACCGUGAUGGAUAUGGAACUUUUUUCUCAAGUAUGCCUUUGGGAGUGCCUGGGUUCUGUGUGGUCUCAUCGGGAUAAAGCAGUGGGCCGUGGGACUGCCCCCUCUGUCCGAGCCACUGUGGCACAGUUCAAUGCAGUAACUAGUUGUGUCCUGAGCUCAGUGCUGGUGGGACCAGGACUGCCCCCACCCCAUCGGGCCCAACGCCUGGAGAAAUGGAUCUUUAUUGCUCAGCGCUGUAGGGAGCUGAGGAACUUCUCAUCCCUCCGGGCCAUCCUCUCAGCGCUGCAGUCCAACCCCAUAUACAGACUCAAGAGGAGCUGGGCAGCGGUGAGCUGGGAGCCACUGUCCAUAUACCGGAAACUCUCCAAUAUUUUCUCAGAUGAGAACAAUCACCUUAACAGCAGAGAGAUUCUCUCCCAGGAAGAAGCCCCUUUGACGUCCCCUGAAGAGGAGACAGCUCCAAGAGUCCCUCCCUUGAAAGUGCCCCCUGGUCCUAUUCCCUACCUGGGCACCUUCCUCACUGACCUGGUCAUGCUGGACACUGCAUUGCCUGACCAGCUGGAGGGAGAGCUUAUCAACUUUGAGAAGCGGAGGAAGGAGUGGGAGAUCCUGUCCCGAAUCCAGCACCUUCAGCGUCGCUGUGUGAACUAUAGCCUGCCACCUCGGCCACCUGUUCUUGCUGCCUUCCGUGCCCAGCGUAUCCUCAGUGAGGAGCAGAGUUACCGCCUGUCCCGGGUUAUUGAGCCCCCAGCUGCCUCCUGUCCCAGCUCCCCCAGGAUCCGGCGACGGAUAAGUCUUACUAAGAGACUUAGUGCGAAGUUGUCACGGGAAAGGGGCUCCUCUCCCAGCCACCAGCCUGGGGACCCCCCCUCUUCCAGUCCCAGUCUCUCUUCAGGUUCCUACCCAUCCAGCCCUGGAGAUGGGGACCCCCUGACCCUUAGCCUUCCUCCAUCCCCAGGGGCAACUGGUCUGGGCCACAAGGGCACUGUGGAGCUGCCUCUGGGAACCGAAGCUCCUGAGCUCCAGGCUGCCCCAGCCUCCCCUGGGAGCCAUGCUCUAACUUCCCACCCAGGGCAGCAGACCCCGGAUACCUGUGUCAUCAGAGUCAGCAUUGACCAUGAUCCUGGGAACCUUUAUAGGAGCAUUUUGCUGACUAGCCAGGACAAAGUUCCAGGUGUGGUUCUCCGAGCCCUUCAGAAGCUGCACCUGGAGCAGCCACAGCCCCGUGACUAUCAGCUGUUCCAGGUCCUGCCUGGGGACCGGGAGCUCCUGAUCCCAGACGACGCCAAUGUGUUCUAUGCCAUGAGCCCAGCUAGCCCCAGGGAUUUCGUGCUACGGAAGAAGGAGGGAGCUCGGUCCCCACCCUGAUGACUGACUCUCCUGUCUGAGAGGGCCCCAGGCUUGGACCUGUCUGAGGCUGAGGGAGAGCCGGGGCCAUCCCAGAGGGAUGUCUGGCUGGGCCAAGGCACUGAUCCCAACAAGAUCCCUGGUGUUCCCCUA